CCGGCCUAGAUCCGCCAUUUCAGUUUGUUAGAGUUUGUUGUGAGAACUUCUGUGGGGAUUUGGUUUACACUGAUGUAAGAACUUUGUAUGGAAUAAGGUUAAAGCUUUUCAGGGGUGCUUUUGUGGACUGAACCGGGCACAGACUGAGCUAAGAAGAUUUCCGUGAUUUUGCCGCGCUUUUUAAAGGCACAACGUGGCGCUGAUGCCGUUCGUUUUCUGACUCGGAUUCCCUUCGAGUAGAAAGUUUUGCAUGAGUUGAGACCUGCCUAAGGAGGGGAGAGGCGAAGGGAAAGGCCUGUAAACCCGCGGCAUUGGAGUUACUGCAAUGGCCGGGAAUUUCGACUCCGAGGACCGCGGGAGUUGGUACUGGGGAAAGCUGAGCCGACAGGAGGCAGUGGCCCUGCUGCAAGGACAGCGACACGGCGUGUUUCUGGUGCGAGACUCCACCACCAUCCCCGGCGAUUAUGUGCUGUCCGUGUCUGAGAACUCCCGGGUCUCGCAUUAUAUAAUCAACAGCAUCAGCAACAACAGGCAGUCGAGCACAGGAUUAAAUCCCUCAAGAUUUCGAAUAGGAGACCAAGAAUUUGAAAAUCUCUCUGUCCUUCUAGAGUUUUACAAAAUCCACUAUUUGGACACUACCACAUUGAUAGAGCCUGUUUCUAAAUCUAAGCCCCCUAAUCUCACCAGUGUUGGUGGUGGUAGUGGGGCACUUCUUACUGGCAGUGGAACACAACGACCUGAGGAGGUAGAGUAUGUCCGUGCCCUCUUUGACUUCACUGGUAAUGACGACGAGGACCUACCUUUCCGGAAAGGGGACAUCCUGCGCAUCUUGGAGAAACCUGAGGAGCAGUGGUGGAAUGCGCAGAACUCGUUCGGGAGGUCAGGCAUGAUCCCAGUCCCCUACGUGGAGAAAUACAGGCCCUCAUCCCCAACGAUUGGAGGUAACCAGGAUUGCUCACACUCCCAGCAGCCGCUACUGGGUGGGCCGGAACCCGGGCCCUAUGCCCAGCCCAGUGUCAACACUCCGCUCCCCAACCUCCAGAAUGGGCCUGUUUUUGCCAGGGCAAUCCAGAAGCGAGUCCCCAAUGCCUACGACAAGACAGCCUUGGCUUUGGAGGUUGGUGACAUGGUAAAGGUUACAAAGAUCAACGUGAAUGGUCAGUGGGAGGGGGAGUGCAAAGGAAAGCGGGGUCACUUCCCUUUCACUCAUGUGCGACUGCUUGACCAACAGAACCCGGAAGAAGAGUUGAGCUGAGGCCAAAAGGAGGGGACCAUUCAUCACUCAAACUGACAUUUCUACAUUUGAGCUCAACUGCCAACACCCAUUUUCUUUUUUUCUUUUUUUUUUUCUUCAAUGAAAUCUUGGCCCUAUCCUCUGGUCUCUGACUUUUUUGUUUUUUACAAUUGUCAUAACUAACUUAGUCACCAUAUGAAGGGGUAUUAUGUAAACUUCAGAACAGCAACAUUUAGUAGUCACCCUUUUGCCUGUUACAAAAUUAGAAGGUCCAAUAGCUAACCUGGUGUUAUUUUUAAGUGUACCUUGGUACCUUGGAGGUUUCCUAGAUAUAUUGACAAUAUUUGCUCAACACAUUGGGUAUACACUCCAUGUGCUGCAAUAUUGACAAGUGUGUUAGCAGUAGCCAAAAGGGUGAGAGAUUGUGCACUAAGCAAACAAUUAGAUUGAAUGAAACCUCGUUCCUUGUGAAUCCUGAAACUGUUGUUCUUUUUUUCUUUCUUUAAAAUACUAUGUAACACUAAAAUGUAAUGAGCAAAGUAUAAAGAAAAUCUGUGCACACUGAAUAUGGUUUAUAUACAGAGCAGAGUAAAAUAUACCCAUUGUUCUUUUUUUUUUUUAUAUAUAAAAAUUAGUCUUCAAAAAUUGCCACAAACUUAUAGUAUUUCCCCCAGAAAUAAUAUUUCAAAGGGUAUUUGUUUCAUAAACUAAGCACAGAAAAUGACCCACAUUAGUGUCUAAUCUGAUCAACACACUGUACUGCCACAUACAAGUAUGCUAAAAACUUCAGAGGCAACCAUGAGCAAAUAGCCAUAGUGGGUAAAAUCCAAUAAUUGACUUAAUGGGUAUAAAGUGAUUAUCCACACUUUAAAACAUUUCCCUCCUCAGACAAAACAGUAUUUCAGAUUAAUGGUGUUGUGACUUUAUAGUAAACCACUAUGCAGCGCAGUCAUGCACAUAAAAAUAGAACACUAAUAUUUUUCAGAUCAACACAAUUCUUGAAUUUUUUUUUUUUUUGGAAAUUCUAUCAAGAGCCUGUAUUUUUUAGCACUGAUUUAAUUACAUGUGUAAAGUGAGUAGGUGAUAACGGUUAUAUGACAGAUUUAAUGAAAACAGACUUGUAUCUUUUUGGGGAAGAUCACUCAUGUACAUUGUUGAAACAAAGAAAAAUUGACUUUGAACCCUUCUGUUUAAUUGUUAAUGUAAAUCUUGACACUAAUAAAUAUAUACACUAACAAUCAAUAAAACCCCAUCUAGAAAAUGCUGGGUUGGAGUUGCACUUUGUUUUUCAGAAUUGAUAAACAUUUGAAGUAACUGAUGUGAUCUGGGCCACCAUUCGCAUGUUUUGUCCAUUAACUUAAAACUACCUUUCUCUGGAGCAUGCACACUUAACUUUUCAUCCACACACUUUUUCUGUCUUUCUUUGCUAUGCCCUAUAAGUAGGGCACUUGUUUCGUCAUUCCAGGCCUAGAGCCAGAAAAUCACUUGAUUGCGGUUAAUAUAAAGAACACAUCUCAAACCCCUCUUGGUUCUGGCAGCAGACAACUACCAUCAUUAUGUAUGUAAUUAACUCUCUUGAAAUUAAGCUGCUUAUAUCACCAAUACCAUGCAAGAAAAUGAUUUAUUUUUACCCUUCUAUAGGGGUGCCUAUGAAGGACUUAAACCUUUAUAAUGGGGGAAUUAUACUAGAGUAAAAGAUUUUGUACACUGUUGAUAACAUGCUUUGUUUUCUAGCCUAAAUGUUUAGUGUGUCAAACAGUGAAGUCUUCCAAUAUUGAUCAAUUAAUUUACUUGAAAAAGAAACUUGGAGAGCAGUAUCCUGCCAUUUGAAUACUUCCUUAUCAUAGUUGUCCUUGGAUGUAAAAUAAGAGAAAUACUCUUAUUUCUACUAAUAUAAAGACAGGUGCAUCUAAUGAAGUACUUUCAAAAGAGAAGGCAUGGAGGGAACAGGUAUUUCAAUGUGUGUAAUGCAUGAAAUUCAAAAAGGUUUUUUUAUUUGGAAAGUAUUUCAGUUUUUAUGUGUCUGUAUUCCUAGCAUAAUGUAUCUGUCUUUUCUUUUUCUUCAGGGUGUUCAGAAGUAGUCCGGCAAGAGCUGGAUAAAUGUAUUUUGUCCUUCUGUUUGGCCUGUGUUUGUCAUUGUUUUCUCAAGGACUGUUUGAGGUUAUGGUACUUUAAUAGCUCCAGUAGGUAAUUCUGUGGCAAAGGGCCUGGCUUCCCAUUCUUCAAGUUCAAGCUAUCUGCUUUUGAAACAAAACCAAAAUUUGAGGUUUAGACUUACAAAAAUCACUUUUAUCAAAGCACUCCACCACCAAAAUAUUCAUUUGUUUUUAAAUAUUGCCAAUUUAGGGAUUUUUUGUAACAUUUUAACAUGAUAUCAUUCAUUUUCUUUGUAAUUAGUUUACACUUGUAUAAUGAAUACACUAAUCAGGAUUUUUUUCACAGGUGGAAAGUGGCUGUGUUUUCUGAAACUAUUUUUAAAACUUACAAGCUGAAAAAUAUUUAUCUGUUAUUACUGACACUUAAAGACUUAUGAUUCUGUUUUAUUAAAAUCCACUACAACCAUGCAUAAAGUUUAUUUAUAACAUAUUGCUGCAAUAACUAGGAUCAUGCUGUUAAAAAUAUUUGUUAUGACAGUAUUUUAAAAAGAUUUGUCUCUUCAAUUCAUAUGUUCUUUGAUUUAUAGAGGAGGUCUUGAGAAUGUGCCAUAGAAAUUCUAAGGUCAAGUUUAGGAUUCAUAUGGUUUGAGCUAGACUGAACUAUAGAAUUAUUUCAUAAAAGACAGAAUAUACCUCAUAGUUCAGAAAUGUGCACUUUGAAAUGUUUGUUGUCCAGCCUUUUUUGGAAUUGCUGGUCUAUAUUCAAAAUUUUUUUAACAGUGAAGAACAAAUCUACAGUAUUAUUUGAAAAUAUUGCAGUUCACAUGAGAUUAAUCUAUUUGUCAUUUACACAUAGUGUUUACAGUAUUGCCACAUCUUGCUUGCUGUUUAAUAUUAUUGAGUUAAUGCGAGAAGAUGUAUCUGAUUUACUUUUUUUUUUUUGGUUGUCAGUUUAUAUUAAUAUGGAAAUGAUCAUUUAUAUAGAUUCAGAAAUAGAGAUUGUGCUAAAUGGUCUAGAAUGCAAAAUAUGUUGAUCCCUCAUCAGGGUUUCAGUCUUCUGUGUGCAUACCACCCUUUUUAUGCACAACCACCAAUAGCUGCAAAUCUUUUAUUUCUUACAAAUGUCAGUUUGUUACACUCACAGGGCUGACGUAAAUUAGGUGAGAGUGAAGUGGGCUUAUUUAAAAAUAAUUUUGAAAAGCGCAAGAAAAACAACAUUUAACACCUACUAACAAUCCCGAGUGGUCUGCAGUGUAGAUAAUUUGGAGGCCUUCCACAUCAUUUUGUGCCAUCUGUGCCUGUUUUAAAGCGGUCGAGGGGAUCUUUUUCUUGAGUUCUUGUUUCUGUGUCAAGUGUUUUCACUGUAUCUUGUCAUUUCAAAAGUAUGAAGUUAAACAUAAAGAUGGGGUUCUGGUAUAUUGAAUUGCCUGUAUGUAUGCAAACUCCUGAUAAUCAUGCUUUAUUAUGUGUGUUUGAUCCCUGUCAUCAAAAAGUAGGGAUUAAGAGAAAAGAUAUGUCCAGUUUUUAAACCGUUCAUGAUUAAGAGGAUAUAACUGGAAAUGGCAUUAUAUUAUACUUGUGAUCAGAUUCAUUAUAACACAUGUAAUAUGAACUGAUGGAGGAAACAGCUUUAAUCACAUCCACUAGAGUCACUGUGAUCAAAAUGGAAGAGCCACAUUUGUGCGGUGUGAAGUUAAGAUGCUGCACGUUGCAUGCUCUGUUAAGUAUGGAUGGGGUUUAUUUCCUAACUGAUAAAUGUCGGCACAGAUUUGAUUUAUAUUUCAGUCUCAGAAAUCAAGAAAGUUGAAAAUAUCCAUCUGACAGGAUAAUUCAGUAGUGGGAUAUAGGCAGUGGACAUAAAAUGUAAAAUCUCAUUCAUUUGGAAGGAAUAAGUAUUUUAAAUGAGAUUAAAUAUCACAUCAGCAGCAGUUAAAUAACCUGUUGUGCAAAAUAUAUACUGUGGCAAUGUACCUCUUCAAACAAUAAAGCCCAGAUGCCCAACUGAUUUUUUUUUUUUUUGAAUGCUGCAAUAAGGAACAAGCACACUGGAGUAUUGCUACUGUAUAUUUUCUUAAUCUUUUUCCUGACUUCUUCACUGUGGUCUUGCCUCACUACUAGGUGUAUUUUUAUUUAUUUUCUUUGUAAUUUUACUUAUUUCAAACUUGCUGGACAGGGUAUAAUGUUACAAAAAUUAAAUGGAGCUAUUGACAGACUUCAUUUGAUAUUAACACACUGAAAAAAGUGCUCUCAUUGAUCACCUACAUACUGCAAAGUUGAUGCAGUUCUGUGAUAGACCCACCCAAGGUUACUUCCUGCCCUGAAUGAAAUUCAGCAAUUUGGAGAUGGUUAUGCAGGGAUUACUACCGGGUUACAGAAAUCCAAAAAAAGCAAACUUUUCAGACUUUCUCAAAAAGGAGACUUUUUUUCAUUGGAUCAGUUAUAUUUUAUUUGUUAUAUUUUGGCAUUUACAUUUUUUAUAGUUUCCCUGUCCACCACCAUUUUGAGAUAUAAAUUUGAGGAGUGGUAUAAGAAAGCAGUGUGAAAUGUGUAACAAAUAAAAUACCAUAUUCUUGUGUGCCAAGUGAAACUGAGCAUGUAUGUAUAAAGAAGGCAAGGUGGCCUCAUGUCCAUUUGCAGCAAUGUUCUUUUUCAGUUCUAUAAAAUGGAGCCUAUUGAACUUUGGUAGCUGAAUCGCCAUGUAAAAUAUGGAACAGCAUAUAUAUUGUGUAUGCAGGUCACUUGAAGAAAAUGGGCUCAGAUGUGUCGACCUGGAAGAUUAGGAGGGAAGGACCUAAACAACAGGAAUUCUGCUUUAGGGUGCUCUUCAUUUACAAAUACAUUAAAGACAUGAUGUUGUUUUGGUUAACAAUUGCCAGUGAGAUGAUUAUAAAUGUCUUACAUUCUUUUCAUUGUUUCAACUCUUUUGCUUUCUGGUACACACACAUCUGUGUAAUCAAUAUCUAAUUAACAACAUCUAAUUAAUGAUUAAUUUAAAUUUUUGUAAAAUCCCUACCAAUCAAGUCAACUUUUUUUUUGUUUCUUCCCCCUUCCCAGUCCCAAAGGAUUAAUAGCAGAUAGAAAUGUUGAUCUUAUUAAUAUGAAGAUGUGCCAUUGUAUCAUAACUCUGUAUAAUUUACACCCAUGAUGACUGAAAAUUACUUUAUUUUCUGUAGCAUGUAAUGUAUGUUUAUAAAAUACACAGCCAAUAAAGCCAGUUGAUACAUGG